UGUAUUGUCGGUAUACCUCGAAUGCUACUUCAAUAAUAUUUAAAAAAACUGUUACUUGUUGAGUGAAAUUUAUAUAAAUUUGCUAGAAAUAGUGUAUCAAAUGGGUGCUAAUAUACUUAUAAGAAGAAGUCAUACAAAUUUAUAACUCAUUAGUUAUGAUUUCUUUGUAGUGAUGAGCGAGCCGCGAUCGAAAUGGAUCUCAAGAACAGGAAGCUGCUGCAGCACAAUCAGCAGGCUAUCAUCAAAGAUCUAGAUGUUCAGUACAUUCUAGACGAACUUUACACGAAACAAGCUAUAUCUUCCGAGGUGUACGAACAUAUCGCUAAUCUGGUCAUAGUUAAAAAUCGAGUCGAAGGCGUCAGGUAUUUGAUAGAUUGCCUGCUAAGGUAUGGCACGAAUCAGGCCUACGAAGCAUUCGUUGAUAGCCUCGCCAAAGAUUACAACUGGCUCUGGGAGAAGUUUGCUACACAAUCCAACGGGCCAAUGUUUAACGACAGCUUCGAGGACAGCCUUAGCAAGGGCGACGUGCCGAGGCUUCCCGAACACCAUGUCAGGAGAAAGGCUGUGGAAACUGAAGUCCUAUCCAAGAUUAAAGAGUUGACCCGUCACAAGAUACUGGUGCUUCACGGUAUGCUGGGCAGCGGAAAGACCUGCGUCGCCAUCAACGUACUCCGGGACAACCCCGAACUCAUAACGAACAAUUUCAAUGAUAUUGUCUUUUGGAUGAACUUUGCGAAUUGCAAGACCGAUGACGACAUCAUCGCUCAACAGAAUACGUUACUACGUAAAAUAUCAUCGAUGUACAUUCAAAAUUCUCACAUGAACUCUUCGAUAUCAAUGUCGAGUAUGGGCUCGAAUAUCGACAGCCAUUCGCUCUCCUACUACGAUCGCACGUGGAACGACUUCAGAGACAGACUGAAGAACCUAUUCUCGGAGCCCCCGCUGAAGGAAGGUCUGCUCGUAAUGGACGAAGUCAACGAUCGGAAAUGCGUCGAAGCGUUCGAUAUCGGUUGCAAGAUACUGAUCACGACCAGAGAUACGGACGUUGUGGCUAAUUAUCACCCGCAAAUCGUUACGGUGGAGAACAGUUUCACAGAGAGAGAGUCCCUAGAACUGUUUGCUUCUUGCUUAGACGAACCUGUAACGAAACUUCCGUCGUAUGCGAAAGAGCUCAACGAAUUAUGCAAAGGAAGCCCCUUCCACGUGGCCCUGAUCGGUGCCCAGCUCGCAGAAGACAGGGAGAGACUGAAACACGAUCGAAGUCAUUGGAAAUAUUACUUGAAGAAAUUAAAAAAGAAUUUCUUUUCUGUGUGGAAAACGAACAACGAUAACCCGAUGAAAACUAUACAAGUGUGCAUAAACUCGUUGAAUCCCAAUACGCUGGCGAUGUUCAUGAAACUGGCAGUGCUUCCGGACAGCGUCAAAGUCACCGCUCAAGUCUACAGCAAACUGUGGAACGUAGACGUCAACGAAGUCGAAAACAUAACGAAGAAACUCAAGAGCAAGUCUCUGAUCAUAAAGAACUACGAUCGAGAUCAAAAAAAGUAUUUAUACGAAGUACACGAUCUUAUAAUGAACUAUCUAAGGUCUUGUACGCACGAAGAGGAAAUGAAGAAGCUACACGACGAACUGUUGAACAGUUACAGAUAUGAUAGCGAAACUGCACCAACGGAGAUAGUCGAUGACGGAUACAUAGCCUUCUACAUAGGAUUUCACAUUUUGAAAACGAAAAAUUUGCACCAGAAAUGGAGUUUGUUCAGUAAGCUGUAUUUAGAUUUGAGGUUUCUAGGGAAUAAAGUCAGACUGACCGGACCGGACGAUGUCAUGCUGGAUCUGCAGAAAUACGAAAAUUAUAUUGUGAGAGAUGAAAUCGACAGAAACUUAGUGUACAGUAUAAAGGCGUUUCUAAGCACGCACGGCACAGACCUGCACCACUACCCCUGCACGAACAUUGUGCAAAGUAUAAUACAACACGAAACGAAAGGAAUAUUGUGUUGUAAGGCUUCGUUAAUAGCACGGGAUAACUGCGUAAACAACGAAUUGUAUUUUGAGUUUAUGCACGAACAUGAUGUAGAAGAAAUUAAACAUUCAACUAUCGACGUUAAAGAAGUUAUCAAAUCUGUUUGCUUCUUGAGAAAUUAUGUAAUUGUUGGAACGUCCAAUGGCUUGAUAAAGUUCUUCAACAUAGAAACUAAUAAGCAGAAAAAGGAACUAAAGGGCACCGGUGCCGCCAUUAAAUGGAUAGGCGUCGCAUGCACUAAAGACACGACUAUUGUAGCCGCUCUGUCGACGGACGGAUAUCUCAAACUUUGGUUCGUCGAUGACUUCGAUGAUGACGACAACGCUAAUAAUCUCGUCGAAGAAGAACCGAACGAUGCAUACAACAACUAUCCCAGUCCGUUAACAUUUGAACCCAAACUGGGACCGAUACUAAAUUGUCGUUGGACGACCAGCGAAGACUUGUUAAUAACUCACACGUCUCAAAUGAUUAUACUGUACCGUCCCAAAGGCGCCGAGUAUGACGUCAUAAGUGAGUUCGACAGGGAACAGAAGCUGCUAUGCUGCGUCCCCUGUAACAACGACAAAUACAUUGCUGUAGCUAGUUUCAACGCCGUAUACAGAGUGGAUUUGAUCGACAUUAGAACUAAGCAGAAAGUUGUUUAUUUCGAAGAAACAGGUGCCAUAUUGGAUAUGCUUGUUGUUCCUGGUACCAAUAAAAUAAUAACGCUGAAACAAAACGAGAUAAUGGCACACGAGUUCCGGGUGAAGCCUGCUUCGAUAAACAGAGGCGGGACGGUUAUCGAUAGCGGUGCGGUCAAAGCGGAUGUCCGGUUCGCGGCGAUGGCCGUCAACAACUCGGGCUCGCUGCUGUUCGCGGCCACGGACGAUAGCCGGGUCGUUUGUGUCGACUUGAAAACUAACUCAAGAGUUUUCGAUAUCGAGAACAGAAGGGGCAAUGUGGUGUCAAUGGCGGUGAGCGAAGUGCUGAUGUGGGAUGAAUUCGAACCGAGCUCCGACGUACUUCUAACUGGUACUGAUAGUACUGAAAAUUCGGCCAAAGUUUGGUAUUUAGACGCUUCGUACGUGUCGCAGACUGCACAAAGAAAAGGAAAAGUUCGUCUAACAAGUAAAUUCGACGUGAGUUUCCUAAACGCGACAACGCCAACAUCUCCGAGCGCCUCGCCCCUGAACAGCGGCGUGGAAACAGUUCACAACCCUCUAAAAUCACACCAGUCGUUCACGAACAAGGACCCAGUAAAGAAACCGAUUAAAACUACCAUGAGCUUGGACAGGAAUACAUUGAAACCGCUCAAUCUGAAAGGAAUUUGCAACAAUAAUGAAGGGCUCAUACAUCCAUUGCUGGCUGUCGUCGACGAUAUGAACAAUAUACAGGUGAUGCGCGGUAAGAAAGUCCUAACCGAGAUCUUAGAGAAAUCUGAUGAAAAGAUAACAGCCGUCAAGGUAUCGCCGUGCAAUCACUACAUCAUGUACGGGCUCAAGUCGGGCAAAGUCAAGAGAUACACAUUGAGAACCAAGGAGAUGACAACUAUAAUGCACGUUAACAGUCCGGUGCAAUACCUGAACUACAUCAACAACAAGCUGAUGUUGGUCGCGUGGAAGAACCGAUGUCUAAUGUCGUAUAAACUGGGCCACGAGGAGACCUGGAAGACUGAAAUGCUACAGGCCGGUAACACGCACCUCGGCUCGCAAGAAUCGCAGCUAGGAAGCGAUUGGCAAAGUAUGAAAAUGAGGAACGGCCACUCGGACUUGUCGACGUCGAGCAGCGAGGCCAGCGUGAGCUCCCGCGAGAACCGACUGUUCCACGGCGGCGAGAUGAAGGAGCUGUACAAGCAGAGCGACCUCGUCGACUGCUUCUGGGUCCCGGACACCGGCCUCAUCACGGUCGAAUCGAACGCCGCCAUCAAACUAUGGAACAAAGACUGCAAAGUUUCGACCAUAUUGAACGCGAGGCAAAUGGAUACUUACAUCACGUGCGCCGCUUUCCAGAACAACGUUCUCGUUAUAUGCGACAGCGAAAACAAAGGAUUCCAGUCGUACGAACUAAAAUUCGACAACACAAUAGAUUUGUGCCUCAUCCAAGAGUACAAACUGAACAAUGUGGUGACGUCAUGCGAUAUCACAUCCGACGGCUACAUACUAGCGAUGGGACUAGACUGUGGUAAUGUUGUGCUUUGGAACGUAAAAGGGAAGCGUCAAAUCAGUUUACUCAAACACCACAACUCGAGAGUGCAGGCGUGCUCGUUCUCGCCUGUCCCGGACCGACUGUACCGGAGCUCCGUGCACUCGCCCGGUGUGACGUCACCGGCGGACGCCGUCGCCGACGACCAGCCUCCACUGGUCCUGGUCACGAUGGCUUCAGAGAUAGUCUGGUGGAACAUCACGUACGUCAUAAGGAUACGAGCGAGUAAUAAGUCAUUGUGGAGGAGCGGACUCAAUGUUAUAUCGCCAAUCGGAACGCCAUUAGAGAAUCGAGCUGAGAAUCACCAGACGACAGAAAAUUCGGGCAACGUUAAUACCAAUUUCUUCUUCAGAGAUAUGUUCGCAGAUAGACAUUGCUGGAAGAACAUUUGGAAAGGAAAAACAUGUAAAGAAGGAUCAAAACGCAAAGAAAUAUUGGCGUGUAUAAAACUAUCGGGUAUAAACGCGACGAGGUUGUGCCACGACGAGAAUUUCUCGUGCUUCGUGACCGUGGACAAUCCGGGCCACGUCCACAUCAUGAACGUGAUGAGGGAUCUUUGUACGUAGCACAAUGUUAAACGCGUUCGUUUAACUAGCACAACGAAAUUCAUAAAGACUCUUUAGAACAUUCGAAUUUCGAAUUUUGUUAUGCCUUCUUAUACUUUAACAAAACGUUUCCCAGAGAUUUGUAAUUUAAGUAUACUUGUGUGCUCAUGAUAGGUCUAUGAGAAUUGUAAAAAGAUUUGAAUGCUAAUUUUAUCCUUAACUCGGUUUUCAAGUCUUCAAUUAUUAUACUCAGUAACAUAAACUGUUAUAGAAUGAUCAUGGAAGAAAUAUAUAUACGUACAUAUUAUUUCAAUAGCUGUACAUAAUUCACACACACUGCCAAAUGCAUUUACAAUUUCUGUAAAAAAUAACAAAGAUAUUGAAAUGUUAUUGUAAGUAUGUAGCCUUCCUACAGUUUUAAGUCGGUGUCAUUCAAGUAAUUUGAUUAAAAAAAACAAAAAACAGCCAACAUUAUUACAGUAAAUACUUCUAUGUGUGGUAACAGUGUUGCCAUUUGUUGUAGAAAAUAUUACAUUUAUAUUAGUACUUGUUCACAAAUUGGGCACAAAGCUUAGAUACGUUUCAAGACAAUUGAUAGUAAUAGACUACUACCAAGUAAUAGUAAAAUAAUAUAUUAUUUCACAUGCAGAAAAAUAUUCAAAUAAUUACAAGUAAUAUUUUUUUGGAACUGGAAAAUAGUUAAGCAGAGACUCAGCUAUGGCUCUCGCAUUGCUGUUGACCAUGAGCAUCUAUAACCAAUUACCACCAGAGGAGCCGCAAGCUCUGUCUUUGAAGAUAAUUUUUUUUUUUUUAAAACGCAAUUUAAACUAUUUCUAAAUCUCUAGCAUUUCAGUGAAUACUUUUUAUUGACC